CUACGGCGUAGUUGACUCACUAUCGUAUACUAAAACAGCAGUGCGGUAAAAUUUCCCGUUUGUAUCUGUUUGUAUCAAAACUUGCAGUGAGUUUUAUCCAGCAGUUAUGGCUCAGCCUUUCCUGCCAAUAACGUAUCAACCGAGUACGGUCCGUCUGCCGGAGGAAACCCCCAACGGCUAUCAACUUCCCCAGUAUGGGUUGGACCUGCUGCAACCGACCCGUACCAUCGUCUACCGGGAGCGUCCUUCGUACGGAUGCUUUACCCUACCAAUCACCGAGAUCCUGAACGACUCCGGCCACAUACUGUACCAGGUGAAGCUGGAGAACUGGACCUGUUGUGAAUCCCCCAGGACAACGGUCAUGACCGACCUACGGAGUGAUUCCGAGGUGGCCCGGUUUGAGUUGGAGCAGAAAUGUGGCUGUAUGUGUAGUUGCUUUCGAGCUCCGGAACUCAUCGUCACCGUUAGGGCGGUGGCCACUGGGGAAAUUCUCGGCGUGGUACAGUUGGACCGGGUUAGUUGCUGGAGGUACGACUUUACGGUGUCGGAUGGAGCGGGCCGGAUGGUGGUGAGGGUUGUGAACAAAACCGAAUGGUGCACUCGUGAGACGUUUCACAUUGUGAAUGGUGAGGGGGUUGUGAUUGGGAGGAUCGCGGCGGAAGGGUAUCACUAUUACUGCUACCGGAUGGAGUUUCCGGAAGGGUUGGAGGUGGCGACGAAGACCACGCUGCUUGCGUUUUUGAAUCUCUUGGUUUUAAUGAAAAGAUCAUCCAAAUGAAAAAUAGAUGAUAAGAAAAUAUGUAAAUAAGAGUUUGCUAUACACUGAAAGUUUCAUUAAUGUUGAAGCAAUAAAAUAAAAAUAACUUGCAAUAAUUUUAGAAUAAA